UCGCUUGACUCCAUCCUCAGUGCCCCGGACUUUGAACAGGCCGCCAAGAGGGGACUCACGGCCAAGACGUGGGCAUUUUACUCCUCGGCGGCAACAGACCUAGUGACGCUCAAAAACAAUAAGGAACUAGUCCGAAGAAUCAUGAUCAGGCCCAGGAUCUUGAGGAAUGUCACCAACAUCAACCUCGAGAGGAGCAUUCUGGGUUUCAAAUGCUCAGCCCCAUUCUUCAUUGCCCCAGCUGCUAUGGGUAGACUUGCUCACCCGGAUGGAGAACUUGCCCUUUCUCAAGCUGCAGCCAACGAAGGCAUCAUCCAAUGUAUCUCCAGUAACGCAUCUUACUCACUACGCUCAAUCGUCAAAGCAGCUCCACCCUCACAGCCCUUCUUCUUCCAACUCUACGUCAACUCAGAUCACCAAAAGACGGUGGAGCUUCUCAAAACUGUCCGCGAGCUCGGUGUCAAAGCCAUCUUCGUGACAGUCGACGCACCUGUCCCCGGUAAGCGUGAAGCUGAUGAGCGCGCCGCCCAGGAAGGCACAGUCAAGUCAGCUAUCAGUGGGAGUGAAAGUAGCAAGGAUAAGAAGGGGAGCGGGUUCGGUCGUCUCAUGGCCCAAUACAUCGACAAGUCACUCUCUUGGGAGGAUCUGGCUUGGAUCCGUGAGGCAAGUGGCGGCGUCCCCAUUAUUCUAAAGGGGGUUCAGACCGCAGAGGAUGUGAAGAAAGCUGUCGAAUACGGCAUGGAAGGCGUAUUACUUAGCAACCACGGUGGUCGGUCCCUCGAUGGAUCCCAGGCCAGCAUUCUCGUUCUCCUUGAGCUGCGGAAGAACUGCCCUGAGGUGUUUGAUCAACUCGAGGUUUACAUCGACGGCGGCUUUGAGCGGGGAUCUGAUAUUCUCAAAGCAAUUGCCCUUGGAGCAACGGCCGUCGGUAUCGGUCGGCCAUUCUUAUACUCGCUCCUCUUCGGCCAAGAUGGAGCCGAGCAUUUGUCGCACAUUUUGAAAGAUGAACUUGAAACUUCGAUGAGGUUGUGCGGUAUCACCAGUUUUGAAGAAGCAAGACCUCGUCUGGUCAACACGUUAGACGUGAACCACCUAGUUGUUUCUGACGAGGAGGAAAGCCCAAGACGACAAGUAUCCAAGUUGUAG